AAUCUGAAGGAAUUGUAUCUUACUCUAACCAAAAUAGUCAUUAUGAUUCACUCAAGAACAACUUAAAAAGAACUAUCCUUUCUGUAAUUAGAAGAUUAAAAAUUGGUGCUAAAAAAAAAAUGCUUCAUAUU